AUGGACUCGGACGCGAGCCUGGUGUCGAGCCGCCCUUCGUCCCCGGAGCCCGAUGAGCUCUUCGCGUCGGCCAGGGCCAAGAGCGGCGGCGGCGGCGGCGGCGCCUUCGCGGCGGGCGGCGCGGUGUCCAGCUCGACGCCCAGCGAUUCCCCGGCCGAGCUGAGCGCGGAGCUGCGCAGCGCCAUGAGCGCGGCCGGGGUGGUGAUGGUCGACAAGCUGGCCUUCAAGUCGCCCUCGUCGUCGUCGUCCUCCUCCUCCUCCUCGUCGUCGUCGUCGUCGGCCUCCAAGAAGGACAAGAAGCAGAUGACGGAGCCGGAGCUGCAGCAGCUGCGCCUGAAGAUCAACAGCCGCGAGCGCAAGCGCAUGCACGACCUCAACAUCGCCAUGGACGGGCUGCGCGAGGUGAUGCCCUACGCGCACGGGCCGUCGGUGCGCAAGCUCUCCAAGAUCGCCACGCUGCUGCUGGCGCGGAACUACAUCCUCAUGCUCACCAACUCCCUGGAGGAGAUGAAGCGCCUGCUCAGCGAGAUCUACGGCGGCCACCACGCCGCCGCCGGCUUCCACCCGGCCGCCGCCGCCGCCGCCGCCGCCUGCCCGGGCGGCAUGGUGGGCCACUCCGCGCCGCUGCCCAGCCACCCGGCUUCCCACGCCGUGCACCACCCCAUCCUGCCGCCGGUCGCCGUCUCCAGCGCCUCCCUGCCCGGCUCCGGCGGCCUCUCGUCCAUCCGGCCCAGCCACGGCCUGCUCAAGUCGCCUUCCAGCGCUGCGGCGGCGGCCGCGGCAGCCGCGGCCGCCGCCGCCGCCGCCGCCGCCUCGGCCCCUCUGGGCAGCAGCUUCCAGCACUGGAGCGGCAUGCCCUGCCCGUGCAGCAUGUGCCAGGUGCCCGCCCCGUCGCACCACCACGUCUCCAGCAUGAACGCGGCCAGCCUGCCCAGACUGACCAGCGACGCCAAAUGA